UAGAUAGUUCAUUUGCGCCGGCGUGUUUUAUUUUAUUUUUAAAAAAGUUGGUGGUUAAUUUUUGCAGAGACUUUUUUUCUCGAGUGUUGGCAGUGUUGUUGUUGUUAUGGAGAUAGUGUUCUUUUUUAAUUAAAGUGUUGGUAGCAGGUUUUUAAGGAUGUCAAGUGAAGUGUGGUUAAGAUGAAGUUUAUCUGAACAUUAAAUUAGUGAUCAUGUGAAACUAAAAGAAUUGUGUGAAAUGGACAAAAAUAAUCACGAGGAUCAUGAACGCCUUAAAAGUACCCAAUUAGGAAACAGGAAAAAACAAAAUUUAAAGUUAAGUGAGAACCUGCAUAAGGAUUUACCAGAUUCAUCAGAAAUCAAGGUCAACAGUGAAAAUUUGGAGGAAAUCUGGCAAUCGCCAACACUGGAUUAUAACUUUUGUGCUGAAAUUGAGGAGGAUAAGUCUAAAAUUGACGGUGAUGUAGCUGAUUUUAGUAGCCCUGGAUUGGGUAACCAGUAUUCAGGUGUUGAUUCAUCUCUUGGUUUAUCUACAUCUUCAAAAAUAAGCGUAAAUUUAGACGAAACUGCCAUUGGUUUGUCUGCCAUUGGAGAAGAAUCUACUUCUGCAGACACACGGUCACAAGACGAGGUGUUUUUCAGUCUUGGUUCAAGUUUGGCAUCAUCUACGCCAAACAAGGUUACACAAGAUAUAUCCAGGACCCCAAAAUCAGCGCAUGGUUUUACCCAAAACCUGUAUUGUGCUAAUUUGGACACUGCCGGUAUACCAAUUAAGUUUUCCCCAGGAGUAUCUAGACAACCAACAGACUUCCAAUCCAAUAUCGACCUUCUAUCUGAAGACUAUCCUCAUCCAGGAGUUUCAACCAAAUUCUCACCGACCAAGCCUCAAGAAUUUGGAAAGGUCGAGACAUACCUGGAUUCUGGUGUUGAUCAGGAAGCAGGAUCUGGUGCCAAAAGCGAGGAAGUGCAAGGUUGGAUUGAAAUUUUAAGUGAGGACUAUUGCAAAGAGUGCUACGGAGAGUAUCCUGACUUUUUGUACCAUAUUGCCAGGAACAAGUAUGGUGCUUUGUACUUCAGAGUCAUCAGGAAUCUGCUGCUGAACAAAGGUAAGGGAGGAGAUGGCAGAUAAUUUAGUAUU